AGCUUUAAAUUUUGUUUGAUAUUUAUGCGCAUUCGUUAACAUGGUUACAGUUUGUUAGAUAAUGUUUUAGACACUGAAAAACGUAAUGCGACAACCACAUUUUUUUGGUUGGCAACAGCUGAUAGAUAAUAAUAAUAUAAUGUUUAUUAAUGUGAACCGCUCAGCAGGUUGUCAAUGUGACAUUGUAUAAGAAUCAGAUAUGUUGCAGUUUUAAUCAAAUUAUUACAUAGAAAUCUAAAUGAUAAAAUAAACUAUAAAUUUGAACUAAGAAAAUAAAAAUUAGCAUAGGAAAUUAAAGCGAUUAACUGACAAUUUGGUUAAAUCAACUAUACCUAUUUACAUAAGUAGUAUUAAUUUUUGUUGAGUUCCUUAUUGGACUCUAAUUGGCAUUAGAAACAACAAUCAACAAACACAAUGUUAUUGCAACGAUUGCAAGUCAUUGAUAAUAAUAUUUAUACACCGAAAGUGCAGUCAACAGGCGAUGCAUACUAUAUUCGUUGGAGACCGUAGACCGUCGAACCGUGCGUUGGUGUUGUCCAACUGCGAAUGGAAAAGGCUUGGCAAACUUUUAACAAAGAAAGCCGACGAGGCCGCAGCUGUGCAAGAGAUGAAGCGAGUCAAAGAAGAGCGACGAGCCUUGUCUGAGAGGUUGGCUAAGUCCUGGGACACUACCGUACUGAAUAAACGAAGGAAACAAUUAGAACAGAGGAAACAAUUGCUGGCCGGUAUAGAAGCCAAACAGGUGAAGAGGGACGAGCAAAUGAAUCGUGAGAUAUUGGAGCGCAGAGAAACAAUAUUGGAGAAGGCGCGUUUGCACAAAUGGGCAGAAAAAGACUCGACGAAAACUCUCACAAGCGAACUGCGAAAGACCGAGGUGUUGAGGGAAAGAGCGAUGCAAAUGCAAUUCAACGAGUCGGAAAAACAGAAAGCUUUGGAAGAGGAACGGUCGAUGGCUGAAGCACAAAAGAAAGAGACGGAGCAAUACGAAAAACAUAAGCUAGAACAAAAAUUAAAAGAAGCCCAAGAAAAAGAAGCGAACAAAAAAUUAUUCAUGGAAGAGGCUAGAAUUUCGGAAAUAAAAAAACGCGAAGAAGAAAACAAACGAAGUGAAGAGGAACAAGCCGAACUACGAAGGAUCGCAAAAGAAAUCGAAGAAGAAAAAGAGCAAAACAAAGCUAAGCUCCAAUCUUCCAAAGAAAGUAUGAUGAAAAAUCUCAACGAUAGCCGGGAGAUAGCGGCCAAAAAAAAACAGAUGGAACAGCUGGUUGAACGAGACGAAGACAUGGUGAUAGCGAUUUUGGCCGAGGCCAACAAAAGGAUAGCCAGAACGAGAAAACUAAAAGAAAUAGAGAUCGCCCGAGCAAAGCAAGCUGUCUUGGAAAAAAUCAAGGAAAAGGUGCGCGCUAAACAAGCCAAGAUGGGCGAACGGGCAGAAAUGGCUUUCCUCAACGCGGUCGACGAACAAGAACGCAGGUACCGGAGGGAAGAAGCCGAGAAAAGGGCGGUGGUCAAGAAAAGAGCCGAGGAAAUGGAAGAACAGAUGAAGGUGAUGGAUCAAGAAAGACGAAAGGAGCAAGAACGGUUGGCGCUGAGUUUUCAGUGGGAACGGCAAAGACGCGAACGGGAGAUGGAAGUGCUUAAGGAAUCAGAUCUGGCCAAGAAACGAGCCGAGCACGAGGCGAAGAAAAAGUUUAGAGAGUACUUGGACUUGCAAAGCAGCAACAACAGAGCGGCCAGCGAGGCGAAUAAAAUGGUGGACUUCGAACGUUAUCAAGAGUUGUUAAGAACUUGGCGCCAAGACGACCGAGAAUUCAACGCCUACGCCAAAGAAGUGUUGGAAAAUUGCAAGGAAAUGGGUCGACCCGUCGAGCCCAUACUUAGAGCGAUUAAAAAAUAUGCAGAAGAUAAUGUUUUGCUGGCCGACGCUGCAAACGAUAGCGUCGAGAAAAUAACAAACAUUCCAAUGGGUUCGUUUAAAAACUCUUGCCGCCAAAAAAUGUGACUAUUAUUCAAUUACAGCUUAGUUGGUAAACUAAAUUGUUGCCGCGGGC